AUGCAUAAAAAAAAAAUAAUAUAUUAUUUCUAUAUUUAUGGAAUUUUUAUUCUUAUAUUUUUAAAUUAUGAUAAUAUAAUAAAUUUAUUAAAAAAAAAUAUUUUUUAUAAACACAAUAAUGAAGUUAAUGGAUUUAAAUCUUUUUCAGAAAAUGACAAUUACAAUAAUAAUAUAAUAAGAAAUAGUAGUAUAAAUAAUAAAUUAUAUGAAUAUAUACCAUAUUUAUCACUGUACAUAAAUAAAUAUAUAUGUGAUAUAUAUUCUUAUAUAUUUGGAGAUUUAAAAAAAAUAAAAAAUAAUGAUUAUUAUCAUAAAAAAGAUAUAUUAUCAGAAAAAAGUUUUUAUCUAGCAACUACUCGUUACGCUACUAAUACCAGGAAGUUAUCAAUUUCUGAAGAAAAUGUUGAUUUAAAACCCUAUGUCAAAUCAGGAGAGAGAAAUGAAACUGUUGUAAAUUUACAUGAAUAUUUUACUGGAAAUAAUAAAAGAAAAAAUAACAAUAACGAAAUUGUAGUAGAUACAUCAGAAAAGUUUCAUAGGGUAGUUAUUAUUUGUUUUAAGCCAUCUCUAACUUACUCUCAUAUUAUUACCAGACCUAGUGAUGCGUUUCAUCAUUUUCUUGAAGAGAAUAACAAGGUGACUUCAACAGAAGAUAUUUACCCAAUUCCAUUUUUUCAAGAUGAAGGAAAUUGGGGUUUGAAAAAUGUAUUAUCGAGAGGAGUUAUUGAGUUUAUGAUACCACCAUUUUCACUUCAACUAAUAGAUAUUAUGAUUACAUGUUCAAAUAAUGAAAUAAAUGAAACAUAUACAUUUGAAGAUUUAAUAAAAGUUAGAAUACGUAUACCUAGAAAUACCCGAAAAAUAUUAGGUGUUAGUACUGAUGAGAAAGAUAAGGAUAUAUUUGAAAAAAUAGUUCAAGAUGAUAUAAAUGAUUACACUUUUCGCAGUUAUCAUAAUAGAAUACUUGGAUUAAAAUUAGAAGAUGCUGAAUUAGAUCCUUUUGAUUGUUUUAGAACCGUUUAUGAAGAUGACAAGAGAGUUCAUUUGCAUGUUGCUUUUGAAUUUAUAAAAUGCUUAAAUUUAGAUAGAAAAAAUAUAAAAUUAAGAUUUUUUUUCUUACUUGAAGAAUUUUCAGAAGAAGAAAUAAAUUUUUCUUGUUCAUUUACAUAUAAAAAAAAAAAAAAAAAAGUUACCUUUGGAAAGGGAGAUACAACAACCUUAAAAGAAAUGUAUUUUUUAGAAGAUGAUAAGAAUGAAUAUCAAUAUUAUAAUGGUGCUCCUUAUAAAAUUUGCAAUUUUGAAUAUAAAGCUGGAUACAAUGUGCAAGUAUGUGAAAGAACUAUUAGUGAAUUCACACUUUUUGUAUAUAAUUGUGAAAUGACAAAAAAAUCAAAAGUUCUGAAUGUAGAACCAUUUACUACUAUUCGAUAUUUAAAUGAUACUUAUCCAAUUAAUAAAUUUAGUGACAUUACUUUAUUUACAAAAGAUAUAGAUAUAACGGAUAUAGAAAAAAAAUUCCCUAAAUCUAAAUUUUUUAUGACAUCAUAUAUUGAUCAUGGUCCUUAUCCUUUAGUUAUUGAAUGUAGCAUACCUCAUGGAAAAAGUAAAUUUCAAAAAGCAAGUAUUUUGCUACAUUUAAGAACAAAUAUACAAAAAAAAAACGCAUCUUUUUGUGAUUUUACGAAUUCUCGUAACUACAGCUUUUUAAAUAGUUACUAUGAAGGAGAUUCUUGCAAUAUAAUCACUAGUGCAAAUACAGCAUUCGGUUUUAAAUGCCCAGAAGGAUCCAUUAAAAAACCAGAUAAUUGUUUUUCGGAAGUAUAUCAAUCAGGAAAAAUUUAUAAAUUAAAAGAUAAAUCUGGAAAAAAUCUUGUUAUUUAUUCGAUAAAACAAAAAAACUUUGCUUUAGCAGCGUUUCAUAAUCAUAUAUCCAAGUCUUAUGAAUUUGAAUGUCAUUGUGUAGAUAAAUCUAAUGAACAAAAAAUAAUAAAAAAAAUUUUUGUGAAAUAUGUAAAUCAUGAUGAAUUAUAUGAUUAUAAUAUAUAUGAUACAAUUAGCCACAAAUCAUUAAUUAAAAAUCCUGAAAAAACCCAUCUAUGCGAUUUUGUAAACAAUGAAUCUGUUUUAGAACCCAAAAAUAAAAAGCCUAAAAGUUAUGUUUGUGUUAUUCACCCUAAACCGUUAGAAUAUGUAGCUCUAAACUGUCCUAUUAGUCUAGUUGACGAAGAAAAUGAAAAAAAAAUAUCUGAAUUGUCAAUUAUGAAAGGAGAAAAAGAUGCUGAAGAUAUAAAUAUAUAUUUAAAAAAAAGAAAUAUCUAUUCCAAUUUAACUCAUUUACCAAAAAAUGCACCAUUACAUGUAAUAGAUAAAAAUGCAUUAGAUGUUGUUGAUAUCAAUAAAAUUAUUCCUGGUGUUCUAGUUAAAAAUAUUAUCAAUAUGAAAAUAACUGAUGUAGAAGAAAAAGGAGAUGCUUCCGAUUCUCUUGAUGUAGAUCAUUUGCAACAAGGAAAUAAGUUAUAUGAAAAAUAUUUAGGACUUGAAAACAAUAUAGAAAAUGGGUUUUUCAUUUUUCAAAUACCUCCAUACUUAAAAAGAAACCAAACGAUAGAAUUUGCGUGCAUAAAUAAUCAAACAAAGAAAAAUGGAAACUUAGGAAACAUUGGAAUAAUGACUGUUUAUUUGAGGUCAUCUGGUAGUAUAGUAGAAGGUUGCUAUUUCUAUAAAAAUAACCCUGAAAAUACCUAUUUAAAAAAAAGUAUAAAAGUGGGUUCAGGAGAAGAUUGUGUAAUCAAAAGUGAUGGAGAAAUAGAAUAUAUUGGUAUAGCUUGCCCUGCUGAAAAAAAACUAUUUUUAACCCCUCCAGAAUGCUUUCUAGAAACUUAUGAUAAAUCAGAUGUACCAAUCAGAAUAACAGAAUAUGAUAAAAAUUUUAAAAGUUUCUCUAAUGAUAAAGGAAUAUCUUAUUUAAAAAUUCCUCAAAGUUUUCUGGGUUACGUAAAUUUAUUUUGCUAUUGUAAUACAAAGGAAGAAGAAACUCUCAUAAAAGAAAAUAAAAUAAAUAUAGAAUUAAAUGUUUCCAAUAUAGGAGUAUCUGAAAUAAAAACGAUUGAUCAUACUUAUGAACCCGAUUUUUUAAUUGGAAAAGAAUAUGCUAAUAAAAAAUCCAGUGACAUUGUAAGAAAAAAACAUAUUUGUGAUUUUACUAAAAAAGAAAGUUCCUUAGAUCCAUACAAUGAAUUAUUAAUUAUUCAUUCUUGCUUUUUAGAAUUAGAAGAUAACUUAAAUAUGAUAGAAAUUAAAUGCCCUAAAAAUGUUAAAAGUGAUAAAAAGGCACGUGGCAAAGAACCAAGAGAAGAUUCACUUGAUCAUUUUGAAGAUUUAGAAGAAAGCGAAGAGGAAGAAAUCAAGAAAUACGAAAAAAUGAAAUAUAUUCCAAAUAAGUUCGAUGAUGAACUAUCGAAUUACAAUAAAAAAAUAAAAAUGGAAGAUAUAUUACCAGGAAUAAUUAUACUUGAUAAAAAUAGGACAUUCGCUGAAAAAGGGAAUUUUUCUUUUGUUUCACCAUUAAUUGUUGAAAAUGACGUAACUCUCAAAUUAAAUUGUGAUAAUUCAGAAACUAUUAUUGGUAACAAAAAAGGGAGAAAAGGUACUAUCGUUAUAAAAAUUUCAAAAAAUACAACCAAUAAGGACUUUUAUGGUUGUGACUUUUCAGGAAAUUCUAAGAAAACAUUUUAUUAUUCUUCCGUUUAUGAUUUAAAAAAAAAAAGUGAAACAUGCGAAAUAGAUUUAAAAGAAAAUAUGAUUGUUAGUCUAAAUUGUCCCUACGGAAAAAUAAAUCCCAAUAACUGCUUUAGAAAUGUUUAUAUAAAAAGCAAUAUGGAAGAAGAGGUAAAAGAAAAAAUAGAAAACAUCUUUAAUGAAGUAAAAAUAGUAAAUGCUAAUCAUUUAACAAAUAACUCUCCUACAUUUCUAAUAAUUUCAAAAAUAACCAAACAAGAAUUAAAUUUUUAUUGUACUUGUGAGCAUUAUGAAAGUAAAAAUAUAGGAACAUUACUUGUAAAAAAUAAAGAAAAUUUAAUUUUUUCUAAAAAAUAUGAUGAAACAAAAACUGUCUUUAUAGAGGUCAGUCCUUAUUACUUCAAAGAUACUUAUAUUUGUGAUUUUACCGAACACAACUAUUCUAUUUCUCUAAAUAAAGAAGUCGAUAUAACAAAUAUUCUUAAAAAAUAUAUGAAUGAUAUUCUAUUGUAUCAGCAUGAUGAAUUUCUUCAUUUUAGCUUGAACUUAAAAUUGAGAAAAGAGAGUAUGAAAAAAAAGUAUAUAAAUUAUUUAAAAAGAAAAAUAGAAGAAUUAGAAAAGAAGCCAUAUAACGAAAGAGAAUAUGCAGAUAAUAUCAUUAUUUAUAGAUGCAACAUAGAUUUAAGCUCCUUUGAUCAACUUAUAGUUAAAUGCCCUUCCAAAAAUAUAGAUGAUUCCCAAAACUAUUUAUAUAAUAUUGCUUAUAGUUCUAAUUUAGGUUUAAAUGAAAACACUAUGCUAAAGGGACUAAGUAACACAUUAUAUGGAACAUUAUUAAUUAAUAAAAGUCAUAAUACUUCUUUUUUUGAAAAAGGGGAAUUAGAAAUUAUUAUCUCUCCUUAUGCAGAUUCUUCUAAAGCUAUCAAUUUUUCUUGCGAAAAUGUUCAAAAAGAUGGAACAGGAAAAAUUGGUUCUGCUUCUAUAUUCAUUAAAAAAAAUGACAAUAAAAUAUUAGGAUGUGAUUUUAUAGAUGUGUCAAAUGAAUCAAAUGAUAGCUUCUAUCAUGAAAGUAGUGAAUCAAGACGUAACAAAAAUAAUUCUUUUGAAUUCGAAAUAGAGUUAGUAGAAGGAAAGAGCAUAUAUUGCAAUAUUGAAGCUAUUGAAAAUGAUAUUGUAGGGUUUAGUUGUCCUUACAAUUUUAUUACAUCACCUCAAAAUUGUUUCGAAACUGUUCAAAAAGAAGGAUUAGAUAAAGAACUUGAAAUACAUAAGCUAGAACAAUUAGUAAAAGGAGUUAGAAUUUUAAAUAACGAAAUAUAUAAAUAUAACUUUACCCCUUCUUACAUUAUCUUACCAAAAAAAAUAAAAAAAUCUCUAACAAUAUUUUGUACUUGUAAUUCGGUCAAGCAAAUAAAAACAGGAAUUAUUCAAUUAAAUAUCAUUGGGGAUGAUUUAAAUAAUUGGUUCAAAAAGGAAAUAACCCAUAAUAUAUAUGCAUUUGAAAAAAAGGAUUAUUUUUAUGAUUUUUCCUCCGGUCCCCUCAAUAUCAGCUCUGAAAAUGUCCUCAGCUUAUCUCCAUCAAUCUUAAGUUCCUAUGAUUCAUCAAGCAUAAAUAAAGAUCAUUAUGAAGAGACAAAGAUAGGAACAGAAAAAAUAAAUAACCUUAGGAAAUCUCAAAAGGUGAAAUUUCCAUAUAAUUUAUCAAGUUAUAAAAGAAACACAUCUGAAUAUAAUAAUAUUUUACAUGGCGUACCAGUUACUGCACAAGAUAGAGAUCCUGAUGAAGAAGAAAAAGAAGAAGAAGAGGAAGAAGAUGAGGAAGAAGAAGAUGAGGAAGAAGAAGUAGAAGAAGAUGAGGAAGAAGAAGAAGAAGAAAAUGUUUUAAACCCAUUAAGAACAAAGCAUGUAUUUGAAAUUAGUGUAGCUGCUUCUGAAUUUAGUAAAAUAAAAAUUAUAUGUCCUCUUCGAAAUUCAUUAUACUAUAGACAAUCAAAAAUUAGCCCUGAAAAUUUUUUUGAGUAUGUAUAUGUUUUAGAAAGUGAAACAACUAAAAGAAAAAAAAAAAGAUUGGAAAAUGAUGAACUCUUAACAGAAAUAGUGGAGGGUUCAACAGAAAUGAAGGAUGAAGAAAAUAGACUCAGAGAAGCUAUUAUGGAAAAAGAAGAAAAAAAAGUAGUUUAUGAUGAUUUUGGAAAUAAAAUAAUUAUAUCUAUAAAAUCGGAAAAACCAAAGGCUACUGUUGAAGAUAUAGAUAAAUUAAAUGAGAAUGAGGAAUUGCCAGAUACAAAAAAAGACGUAUUAAUAAUGAAAAAUAUCCAUGAAGUAAUUUCUUUUGUUACAUAUAAAAGAGAGAUAAGUGAAAAAAAAUAUAUUGGUACAUUGAAUGUUUCACCUCUUCUAUUAAAUGAAGCAACCUUUUUUGUAUCGUGUGAUAAUUCGUUAACUUUAAAUGAAAGUAAAAGGGGAAAAACAGGAAUUGUAAAAAUUCAUAUAAAACCAAAUUAUUUAAAAAUGCAUGGAUGUGACUUUGUUGGUGAUUAUUCAUCUCAUUUUUAUUUUAGUGGAAAAUGGGAGAAUUUACCAAAUAACUAUAUAUGUGAAAUUAAAGUAGAAGAUGAUACAUUAAUAGGUCUUGCAUGCCCUUCUCAUACAACAAUGCAUCCUUCAGAUUGUUUUGAAAAUGUGAUUAAAGAUGACGAAAUUUAUAAAAAAGAUGUUUUAAUUGAAUCGAAAAAUACUUUUUUGUUUAAAAAAAGUGAUAGACCUAUUUUAUCCUUUAUUCAUAUUAAAAGAGUUAUUUCGAAUUACUUUACAUGUAAAUGUUAUGAUAAUGUAAAUGGGGAAUACAAAGAAUUAUCUAUGAAAAUAUUAUAUGAACCUUAUGUUAUGGGUACUCCCAAAGUGAACCUGGAAAAACCAAAUAUACAAUACAAAGAUAUUGAUUUAAGUCUUUUGAAUGAAUAA